AUGUAUUCAAGCUCCACUUCAACGUCUCUCUUUUUCAAAAUUUCAAAGCGCGCCUAUUAAUAUGAUCAAGCGGAACGAAGAAGACCAAGCAUAAUAAGUGCAACGAAUAAAAUAACAGCGGGCAAGGGUUCAACUCCAGCAUUCAUUUGAGCCAUGGAAGAGGAAGCCCUUACCCAGAAUGAAAGCGAGGGUUCAUCCUAUGAGCAGCUUACAGAGGCCUGCUCAAGGCUUUCUAUGCAUACCUCCAACGGGGAUGAGGGCAGUGAAUCUGGCGACGAUGUUGCAGAAUGCCCAGAUCUGGAAAUACCCUCUUUAAAUGAAAAUGAUGAGAAAGAUUAUUUGAAAAUUGCAACGCUCAUUGAAGAGGGUAAGUUGGAUAAGCUAAAAGUGGAACAGUGCAAGCUGUACCUUAGGAAGCAUGGGCUAAGACUAUCGGGAAAGAAAGCAAUUCUUAUUGAGCGGAUUCAGGAGCACCUUGAGAUAAAGGAUGGUAGUGGUAAAAAAAAAUACCCAAAGUCAAGUUUUGUGUUGAACUGUAAAGGUGAUGCCUGCACUGGGGAUAUUGUUAUGUUUGAACAAAAAGUAUAUGAAAUGUAUAGUAUUGCUUCAAGAAGUGCCACAGGUCCACCUAUUGGUACUCGAUGUGUUGUUGGGCGGAUAGUUAAGGAGAGUUAUGGUGCAGCUAAGCAGCAACACACUUUUACAAUAGAAGUUCUUUGGAGCAAAGGUGAGAAGCCUUUGCCCCCACUGCACCCCCUUCUUAUCAAAGGGCGUAAUCUCUACAAACUACAAACCGUUCGGCAGCCAUGGCCUAAUGAAGAGGAUAGGAAGAAAGUGCUCCUUGAGAAGCAUUCUAGAGGAUUCCAUGCUCGUAAUGCUAGAGAUGUGAGAGUCCAAAUGAAGGAAACCAACAGAUCCUGUCAAGGGAGACAUACACAAAGAGAAGCUGUUUCAACCUCAAACAAAAUAGUAGACAAAAGAUUUCAUAAGAGAAAUCUUGAGAGAAAGCCACUUACAGAAGCCAAUGACAUGUCUCUUCCAGUACCUGUAUCCUCGGUAUCGUCACAUGCAGGCAACAGUUAUAUUGGGAAGUCAAAUACUGGACAUUCGACUGAUGUCCAUUCAGCUGCAGGUGUUCUAUCAUCAAAUAGGGGUACCCUUUUUACAUCCAGCAAUGGCUUAACGGGGUAUACAAGACCAAUACCAUACCUUCAGGGGUACUCUGAAGCACCACUUCAGGGGUCAAGGCCAGCGUGUGGUAGUAAUGAUCAGCAAAGAAAACCAUGCAGGCAUUUUCUACAGGGUAGAUGCCAUUAUGGUGAGCGAUGUAAAUUUUUUCAUGAUACAAAUAUGCUCAGAUACAAUCAGAACCACUAUCAACUGGGAGUCAAAUACAAGGAAAAUGAAGCACAAAGAAGUUACAGAUACUACUGAAGCUGACUUUCUUUGGCUGGCUAUUUUUGUUCUUAUUCCUUAUUCUGGAGUGGGAGGCAUCACACUCAUAUUUAUGGAUUUUUUUGUUGAAAAGGUCAUGGAGUACAGGCAUGUUUCUUUGUUGCCUACUGUUUGUGUCCCAAUGAAUGCAUAUUUAGUAGCGGAACUAAAUACGACCAUUGAGUUGUACCUACAUUAGAAGCUAGCCCGAUUUGUAGGCAGCCAGCUUCAUUUUGGUAAGACUAAACUACAAUAAUUUGGAAUUUGGAAUUUGCCUAUUAAAACAGCA